AUGGCAGCUGAGGAGCAGAGGGAUGAUCUCAAGGCCUGCCCGCUGCAGUGGAUGUACUGCCACGUGAUGCUGCUGACUGGGAGCCGCCCAGAACAUGUGAUCACAGUAUCUGCCUUUCUGGCGCAUGUCAAAGAGUUCAAGGAAGCCAUCAAGAGCGACCCAGCCUUUGCAAACACAGAGCUCCUAGCCUUCACUAAGCAAAAGAUCAAAGAAGAGCUUGUGUAUAUCAAGUGCCACCAGUGCGUGGAGCUGAAUGAUAAGCUGCAGGCAUGUCUGGGUUGCGGCAAAGCCAAGUACUGCUCCAAGGACUGCCAGAAGAAGCACUGGGUGAGCAGGCACAAGAAGGAGUGCACUGCAGGAGCAUCAGAAGGGCGCUUUGUGUAG